UGUUUCAGUCAAUCAUCUCUUGCUGCCAUGAGAAACCUCUCCAUGCUCACCCGUAUCUUCUUAUUCUGCCUUCUUUCUCAUCAUAUCUAUGUAGUCUCUACUUCCACACCUCGUUACACCGAUGCUGAUAAUAUUGCCAUCAACUGUGGCACUCGUGACAACUCAACGGCUAUGGAUAAGCGCCAGUGGAUCGGAGACAUACACUCCAAAUUCACUCCCAUUGAAGAAGGUGAUCCCAAAUCUAAUGCCUCUACACCCCAAAUCCAAGACAGCUCGGUAAACACUGUCCCCUACAUGACUGCGCGUUUAUCUUAUUCACAAUUCAUGUACGAAUUUCGUGUAACCCCUGGCCCCAAAUUCGUUCGGUUCUACUUUUACCCGGUUUCUUACUCGGGUUUUGAAGGGUCUCAGGACUUCUUCACUGUCAAAGCCAAUUCCUUCACCUUACUAAGCAACUUCAGUGCUUCCAUCAAUAUCCAUGCUGAUUCCUUGAAAGAAGAUAAAACUCUUUCUAAGGAGUUCUGCAUCAACGUGGAAAAAGAUCAAAUAUUGAAUUUAACACUCAUCCCAUCUCCAUCAACUUCUAGUAAGUUCUAUGCCUUUAUUAAUGGAAUUGAGAUUGUCUCCAUGCCAAAAAAACUCUACUAUGACCCAGAAGGUCCAGGAGUCCCUUACGUUGGCCAAAAUUAUCACUUCUCCAUAAACUACGAGAUGGCACUCGAGAAGUUUUUUCGAUUAAACGUGGGCGGGGGCUUCAUAUCGGCGGUGGAUGACACUGGGAUGUUUAGAGAAUGGUCCCAGCAGGACGAUGAUUAUUGGUUGGGUGAUGGCGUAAUCCCUCGUGUGCCAUCUUUCACACCCAUAUACACACGUAUAUCAGAUUACACUGCACCAGAUGAUAUUUAUCGGAGUGCUGUGUCAAUGGGUCCAAACACAACCAAGAACUUGCGUUCUAAUUUGACGUUGAAAUUACCCGUUGAUCCAGGAUUCAAUUAUCUGGUGAGGCUCCAUUUUUGCGAAAUGGUGUUCCCAAUAACGAAACCCAGCCAAAGGGUAUUCCAAAUUGUUAUAGACAAUAUGAUAGCCGAGGAAUGGGCUGAUGUAAUUAUGUGGACCCAAAGGAAUGAGACGCCUCUGUACAAGGACUAUGUAGUACAGAUCCAAAACAAGCCUAAUCUCUUCAUUGCUCUACGCCCUAGAUUAUCUGCCUACGGCAUCGCCGAUGCCAUUUUAAACGGCGUGGAAGUGUUCAAAUUGAGCGACUAUGACAAAAACCUUGCAGGUCCCAAUUACCCUGAAAGUGUGCCCUCUCCACUGCUGGCUCAACAGCCUGCUUCUGCUUCAACAGCCAGCGAAUCCAAGACAAAGAAAACAAUAAUCGUUGCCAUGGGAAGUGGUGCAGGCUUCUUGGUUGUGCUUUGUUGCAUGCUUCUCUGGAAACUGAAGAAGACCAAGCGCUGCGCUUCUUACUAUCCACUAUCAAAGUGCAGGUGCUAGCCCGAGCCAGACAAAGGAAAGUCAACAAGAGCAAGCGCCUCGUCACGGCCGGAAGAACAAUGUCGCCACUUCUCCGAUUCAGGAGAAUCGGCAAUUAAAUUGAAAUAUAUUGCCGAGAAGAUGAACACAAGAAUGUGAAGAAUAAGAUGUAAUAUUUAAAAAAUAUUUUUAGAAUAAUUUAUUUUUUCUU